GCCAUUGGUCCGGACACUCGGCUCCUUUUUUCAAAUUGAGGCGCCGAGUCGUUGCUCGGUUUCUAGUUUGGGCUGAGACCCGAGAUUUGGCGGCCCCGACUGGUGCACCACGGCCCCCGCCGUCAGUGUUCCGGGUGGAGAGCGGCGGCGACGCCGAACUGCGGGCGUUGGUGCUCCUGACCACGCCAGCACCCAGCAGGGGAGGUGGGCACCCAGGCCAUUGUCGGCAGCCGAGUCGCUCCGCGCUCCGCAGUGCCGGAGUCAGCGGCCAGGCCUUGAUUUUUCGGUCGGGACAGUUAUGGCGUCCCAGCCGAAUUCCUGUGCGAAGAAGAAAGAGGAAAAGGGGAAGAACAUCCAGGUGGUGGUAAGAUGCAGACCAUUUAAUUUGACAGAACGGAAAGCUAAUGCCCAUUCCAUAGUAGAAUGUGAUCAUGUACGAAAAGAAGUUAGUGUACGAACUGGAGGACUGGCUGACAAGAGCUCACGGAAAACAUACACUUUUGAUAUGGUUUUUGGAGCAUCUACUAAACAAAUUGAUGUUUACCGAAGUGUUGUCUGUCCAAUUCUGGAUGAAGUUAUUAUGGGCUAUAAUUGCACUAUCUUUGCAUAUGGCCAAACUGGCACUGGAAAAACCUUUACAAUGGAAGGUGAAAGGUCACCUAAUGAAGAGUAUACAUGGGAAGAGGAUCCCUUGGCUGGUAUAAUUCCACGUACUCUUCAUCAAAUUUUUGAGAAACUUACUGAUAAUGGUACUGAAUUUUCAGUCAAAGUGUCUCUGUUGGAAAUCUAUAAUGAAGAACUUUUUGAUCUUCUCAAUCCAUCUUCUGAUGUUUCUGAGAGGUUGCAGAUGUUUGAUGAUCCCCGAAACAAGAGAGGAGUGAUAAUCAAAGGUUUAGAAGAAAUUACAGUACACAACAAAGAUGAAGUCUAUCAAAUUUUGGAAAAGGGGGCAGCAAAAAGGACAACUGCAGCCACUUUGAUGAAUGCAUACUCUAGUCGUUCCCACUCAGUUUUCUCUGUUACAAUACAUAUGAAAGAAACUACAAAUGAUGGAGAAGAGCUUGUUAAAAUUGGAAAGUUGAACUUGGAAACUCUGAGUACCUUGGAAUAUGCUCAUCGAGCAAAGAACAUAAUGAAUAAGCCUGAAGUUAAUCAGAAACUCACCAAAAAAGCUCUUAUUAAGGAGUAUACGGAAGAGAUAGAGCGCCUGAAACGAGAUCUUGCUGCAGCCCGUGAGAAAAAUGGAGUAUAUAUUUCUGAAGAAAAUUUUAAAGCCAUGAGUGGAAAAUUAACCAUUCAAGAAGAACAGAUUGUAGAAUUGAUUGAAAAAAUUGGUGCCGUUGAGGAGGAGCUAAGUAGGGUUACAGAGUUGUUUAUGGAUAAAAAAAAUGAACUUGACCAGUGUAAAUCUGACCUGCAAAAUAAGACACAGGAACUUGAAACCACUCAAAAACAUUUGCAAGAAACUAAAUUACAACUUGUUAAAGAAGAAUAUUUCACAUCAGCUUUGGAAACUACUGAAGAGAAACUUCAUGAUACUGCUAGCAAGUUGCUUAGCACAGUUGAAGAAACUACAAAAGAUGUAUCUGGUCUCCAUUCCAAACUGGAUCGUAAGAAAGCAAUUGACCAACACAAUGCAGAAGCUCAGGAUGUUUUCGGCAAAAACCUAAAUAGUCUGUUUAGUAAUAUGGAAGAAUUAAUUAAGGAUGGCAGCUCAAAACAAAAGGCCAUGCUAGAAAUUCACAAGACCUUGUUUGGUAAUCUGCUGUCUUCCAGUGUUUCUGCAUUAGACACCAUUACUACAACAGCACUUGGAUCUCUCACAUCUAUUCCAGAAAAUGUGUCUACUCUUGUUUCUCAGAUUUUGAAUAUGAUAUUAAAAGAACAAUCAUUAGCAGCAGAAAGUAAAACCAUACUGCAAGAAUUGAUUAAUGUACUUAAGACUGACCUUCUUAGUUCACUGGAAAUGAUUUUAUCCCCCACUGUGGUGUCUAUAUUGAAAAUCAAUAAUCAACUAAAGCAUAUUUUUAAGACCUCAUUGACUGUGGCUGAUAAGAUAGAAGAUCAGAAAAAGGAAUUAGAUGGCUUUCUCAGUAUACUUUGUAACAAUCUACAUGAACUACAAGAAAAUACAAUUUCUUCCUUGGUAGAAUCACAGAAACAAUGUAGAAACUUAACUGAAGACCUGAAGACAAUAAAACAAGCCCAUUCACAGGAACUUUGCCAGUUAAUCAGUCUCUGGACAGAGAGAUUCUGUGCUUUGGAGGAAAAGUGUGAAAACAUCCAGAAACCACUUGGUGGUAUCCAAGAAAGUAUACAGCAGAAAUCUAAGGAUAUUAUCAACAAAACAACUUUUCACAGCAAAAAAUUUUGUGCUGAUUCUGAUGGCUUGUCACAGGAACUCAGACAUUUUAACCAAGAAGGUAUAACAUUGGUUGAAGAGUCUGUGAAGCACUGUGAUAAACUCAGUAGCAACCUGGAAAAAAUAUCUCAAGAGACUGAUCAGAGAUGUGAGUCUCUGAAUACAAACACAGUGCAUUUUUCUGAACAGUGGAUAUCCUGCUUAAAUAAAAAGGAACAGGAACUUCAGAACUUACUGGAGGUUGUAAGCCAAUGUUGUGAGGCUUCAAAUUCAGAGAUCACUGAAAAAUUUCGUGGACAUAAAGCAACUAAUGAGAACCAGCGUAACGUUUUUCUUGAUCAGAUAACUAUUGAUGAAGAAAAAUUGAUAGCACAAAAUCUAGAACUUAAUGAAACUAUAAAAGUUGGUUUGACUAAGCUUAAUUGCUUUCUGCAACAGGAUCUGAAACUUGAUAUCCCAACAGGUAUGACACCACAAAGGAAAAAUUACUUAUACCCAUCAACACUGGUGAGAACUGAACCUCGUGAACAUCUUCUUGAUCAAUUGGAAAGGAAGCAGCCUGAGCUGUUCAUGAUGGUAAACUGUUCAGGGAAUAAUAAAGAAGAGACCAGUCAGGACAUGGAUAUAGAAAAGGCAGUUCUGAGGCAAUACAUUGAAGAAGCUCUAAGUCAAGAGCCACCUGUAGAGGCUAGUGUGGAUUGUUCAUCAAUUGGUGGAGUUCCAUUUUUCCAGCAUAAAAAGUCACAUGGAAAAGACAAAGAAAACAGAGGCAUUAAUCCAGUGGAGAGGUCUAAAGUGGAAGAAACUACAGAGCACUCUGCUACAAAGAGCAGAUUACCUCUACGGGCCCAGAUAAAUCUUUAGUUAACUUGAGGGUCAGAGAUUUUAUUUUAAAGAAACAUUAAGACUAAAACCUGAAACCCCAGAACUUGAGCCUUGUAUAUAGAUUUUUAAAGAAUUGAUUAAGGCAAGAUAGUACUGUAAACUUUAUUGAACUUAAUAUCUACCCAUUUUUCUGUCAUCCUAAAGUUCACUGUGUAUUAAGUUGGGUUUCAUUUGGAAUAUGCAUUUAGCAAAUAUAUAUUUCUAGCUUUUCAUAUAAUGUAGCUUUUUUAUAAAAAAUGAAAAAAAUUGUACAUUAUUAAAUGAGGAAUAUAUAGGAA